CUUUUUUAUUUUUAUUUUUUUAUAACUUUUUAUUACUGAUUAUUUAAUAUUUUAUUUAUUUAUAAUAAUGGAUGUGUCUAACGUGUGCUGUAGAGUUAGCUGUGCAUCAUAUAAGCAAUGCCCUCGCUAAUUAUAGGUUAACUUUCUUUUUCCUCCUAUUGUUUAGUAUAUAACAUCAAACCCAAUAGCCUUAACUAUUUGGACGAUGAUGAUAUUAAACUGAAACCAUUUCGUUGAUCAAGUUUACAACUUUCAAUGUUUGAUGUUAUUUAUGAAAACUAAUAAAAAGUGUGCAAUGGAGGACCUGAAUAAUCCAGUCUAAAAAGCUUGACUUGCAUGAUUAUUCUUCCGCAUAUAAAUUUGAAAUUCCGAUUCAAAAAAAAGGUGGGUAGUGAGGAGAGAGAAUAAAUAAAUAUUCAAAUUAUUACCCAAAACAUUAUCAGAACUCAUCAGCGUCUCAAUCACAAGACUAGGCCUCCCGCAUCCCUUAUGUUGCCAAGUCGAAUAAAGGCAGAAAAGAAACAGUGAUAGAAGUAGAGUCUCACAUCACAGAUGCAUAAAUCAAAUAUUUUCAGCAUUACGAAUUUUAUGGUGCAUGAUUUCCCACAUAGAAGCUGCAAUUUUAUUUUUAUUUUAAAAUCUUAGGGUGCCCUCAUCAAAAGCUAACCACUAGUAUUUUAAAUAUUGGGAUCAAUUUAAAAAGUUGAUUUCUCCACAAAUGUUUUCUUAUAAACAUGUCAGAUAUCGAACUCUUGUCACAUUUAAGAUUCAAAGUUAUUUGCCAAUAAUAUCACAUUAUAAUAUAAAAGCUGUAAUCUUCAUGCGCGUAAUCAGAAAUUGUGUAGCGAGGCAUUUUAUUUUAAUUUGUAUAAAAUAGUAAAUAAUUUUAUCCAUUUGCAGCUAGUUAUUUUUAUUUUAUCCAUAGUUGGUUUGUUUAGCAUUCAAGUAUGGUAAUAAACUAUAAAUCACCCUCAUCAAAUCUGCCUUGAACCAAAUCCAAAAUGCAACUCGCCAUCGAGCAAAGAGACUAUUAGGCAUAAGUUCAACCCAAUUUGUACCGGUUUAAUUGCAUUUCAUGAUUGAACUAAAACCAUAAUCCAGAGUUAUAGACUUAAAGCCCAAGAUGCAAUACUUCCCCAAGCCCAAGACACACAAAGAAAAUGCAAAUUUUGCCUCCUUCAACAAUCCAUCCUAGUUAUCCUUUAAAUAAAAAAAUAAAAAAAAGAGGAAGAAGAAUCGAUCCUAUUCCUGAAGGCUUCUUCAAAAUUAAGUUUUGUCACCGUGCAUUAUGUUAUAAUGGUUUAUAUUAGUUCAUAUGAUUCACCCUAAUGAUGUCACCAAAUCUAUCAUUUAUUCGAGUUUUAAAAACAUUGAAAUAAGAAUAUCAGAUUUCAGAGAGAGUAUAGCAUGAAUUCUACAAAAGAUAUAGAAAAUAGUAAGACAAAAUCAAAAGUGUUUUUGGCAGAAUUAAAAGAAAAAGAAAAAGAAAAAGAACUGAAAUGACAAGCAAACUAGUUGUAUCGUGUUUCACAUUGUGCUAGAUAUUUGCAAGUGUAGAGGAAAAACAAAGAACAAUUGCUUUAUUUGGGAAAGAAGUUAUAGAAAGCUCAAGUCACCUAGGGAAUGGAAAAAUGUAACCCAAUUACAUUAACAAACCAAACUACACAAAAAGGAAUAGUCUCUUGAACAAGAAAAGCGUGCUAGGGUUACAUGUAUACAUAUAUAUAACCACAUUUCCAACCCCUAAACCUAUCCAAAUUAAUAAAGAGAAUUCUUGUUAAUUUGUGAGAUAAUAAAAAAGACACGUGCAGGGGCCAUGGCUUCGGGGCAAAGAACAAGUAGAACAAGAACAACUAACAUUCGUCCUGUGUAUGAAACUUUCGUGCCCUACUCAGAGUUGAAGGAAACAGAGGAAGCAUAUUUUCUUCAUAUUUACCUUUCUGGUUUCAUAAAGGAAAAGUUAAAGAUCAAUUUUGUGAGGUCUUCUCGAGUAAUGAGGGUUUCAGGAGAACGACCAUUAGGAGGCAACAAAAUAAACAUUUUUGAGCAAACAUAUCCUGUUCCAGAAAAUAUUGAGGUGGAGAAACUUCAGGGCAAGUAUGAGUUGGGAAUUCUCACUAUUACAAUGCCAAAGAAGCCCAUUUCACAAGUUUCACCUCAAGCACAAGUGAAAACAAGCCAAAGAAAAGACCCAUCUCCAAUUAUUCCUUCAAAAGAACCUAGACAUGAACCAAAGCCUCAAGAAAUGGCCAAGGAAGUCAUGCCUCCAAAAUCUCCAACAACUAGAUUGGAACAAGGAGAGAAAUCUAAUAGAGACAAGAAAGGACUACAAAAUGUUCAAGAGGAAACCAUGUUGAAACCCACAAUUGCUUUAACCCCAAGGAGAAAAAUAGGUAAACCUCAAAAUGCUCAAGAGAAAUUUGAGCCAAAACCCACAUCAACAAUGGGCCCAACCAAACAAAUAGAAGAUAAGCAUGGAGAGGAAAUUAAGCAAAAUGACAUCACAACAUAUAUAGAAAAAGUCAAAAAGAGAUUGAAUGAAAAUGUCACGCCAAAGGAAGAUAAAAAAGAUGGGAAGCCACAUGAGACAAGAAAUUCAGGUAAGAAAUACAUUGAUCAAAAUGAGGCUUUUCAAGGAAAAGAAAUCGAGACAAGGCCAAAGAAAGUAGGGUCCAAUGCCCCCAAAGCUCUAGAGAAGGAAAAAGAGACCAAAACCGUUGACAAAGGAAAGAGUAAAGAAGAUGAAAGCUACACAAUAGGAAAGGGAAUCAAAGAAGUAGUUGCUUCGGCUUCGGAGGUUGUCACAAAAAUUGGAGAAGGAAAAUUGAAUGAUGAAGAAAAGCCUUUAGUUGCAAACAUGGGUGUUGCAAUUCUUGUGAUUGUGGCAUUAGGAGCUUAUGUUACCCAUAAGUUUACCUCUUCUAGCAGAGCAUGAAAUUAGCUAUGCUCAAAUGAUCAAGUCCUUUGGAAUGUUUUCUUUAGAAUCUUGAAAAGUGUACUUGGAGUUA